AUGUCCUUCCAGCCGCAAAUGAAGCGCGCCGCGCAGCUACAACAGGCGAACCCAGACAAGAAACUCGGGUCUGUGUACCUGGAUGCUCUCGCCGACCUCGACACGCCCCCCACAUACAAAGGACAGGCCUUCGAAAGCGACCCACUCAUCAACCUCGAGCAAGAGAUGAAGAACUUCCGUAUGGAGACGAUACUGGGGCUCAAUGUACCAUUUACCGGCGGUGUUGUCGGCUACUGCGGGUUCGACGCCAUCCUCAACUUUGAACCCAAGAUUGCCCGCAAUUUUGAUGCACAGAAGGACGUGCUGCAGGUUUCGAAAGCAUCUACCUGUUCUUCGACACGGUCGUCAUCUUCGUCCACGUCUUCCACUAGCUCAUGUACUUGUCAAUUCAGCCUGUUCAUCAAGGUUCUCGCUUACCACAAUUUCGUCACCACUCUCAUAUGACGAAUACAAAUAAGCU